GCCACACAUAUUAUUUGAAUCUGUUUACUUGUUAUUGCAGAUAUGUCUCGAAUGUAUUUCAGCUAAUCAAACUUUUAGCUGUCAGUUUUCAAAAUCAUAAUCCUCUUUCUGAAAACUAAGAAGAUUGACCCAGUGUCUUUGAUGUUGAUAUCAUAUCUGUCCGACGUUCAGAUUCCUUUCAUACUAAACGUAGAUUUGGUGAUUGUGAAAUAUCAGUAAUGCAAGAAGUCUAAAUUGGUUUUGACAUCUUAAUAGACGUUGAUAGUCAGAUUCUAUUUUGCAUAGACAUCAAAAUUCUUAUGGGUUGCUACAAGGAGAGCGUACUAUGGCCUAUUUCUGGCUACACUAUAAUGAUUUGGAUAGUCGACGAAUUGAUACAUAAUUACUAUUUACUGAAUUUGCUAAAAUUAUCACUACUUAAACUUACUCACAACAAAAAGUAUCGCUUUAAUAUUGCCUUAUCAGUCACAAACCCUACAAAGUUUUGCGAAGAAUUCAUUAUAUGUAGUGAAAAAAAUAUAUGCGCUUCCCUUAGGUGGGUCAAGGCAUUUGAACAUUUGGAAAAACCUGAAACAGCCCUUAACUUUGAUUUUAAUCAGUUCACUUCAGACAAAGCUUUUGAAAUUUAUUUGUUUGUUCCAACAACAAUUCUCUACAAAUUUGGAGACGACAGUUGUUCACCGGAUAAAAUAACACACUUUAGUACCAAGGCAUCUGUUCACAUCAGACUUAUAGUUUCUGAAAAAACUGGUGUUAACGAACAUGUACCAUUUUCUGAAACUGAUGCCUUUGGAGUUGAAAUCCUUAAAAGUAUUUCUCAGUUAGCAUCUGGAACAUUUGCUAUCGUUCGAUUAUGUUCAUUUGUCAAAACAUGCUCAAAUGGCUGCACCACGUGGUUACUGGGCAAACACGAACGUGGUUCUAAUCAUAUGAAAACAUCAAAACGAUCCAAGGAAAUACAAAUUCAUAUGUUGUCAUUUAUUAAUCAUUCACAGCCCAUUAAAUUACCCUGUGGAAAAGUUUACGUUGUGAGUGAUUCUAUAGAGCAUGAGCCUGUGUUAAUGAAACCAACACUGUCAGCUUCUUCUGAAUUUACUGAGAGAUAUUUUAGACCACAUACGUGCCCCAAUUCUUUCAGUACCUCCGAUUGUUGUAUUCAUCCUCAUUUGUGGUCACGUGUAUUUGUGAAUGAAAAACUAGUAAAUGAUUUAAAUCGUAGAAUUUAUGAGUCAGCUAAAGACGAAGCAAACUCAAGAAAAUGUUUAUUUAACUGGUUUACUGAUGAUUACGGUCAAAAAUCAAGUCUCCUUGACAACAAAAAGGUGCUAGCAAGGAGAUCAUCAGACGGUCAUUACUACCUUGGGUCAGUUCAAACUGUCAAAUCCCAUCUACCUGUGGAUCAAGUUUUUAUACGAUUCGGUCCUAUACACAAUUUAACAAGCUUUGAUUUGCGAAAAUCCAGAUCAACUACCUCGAAUUCGGAUACAUUUCAUUAUGAAUGGCUUGAUAUAACAGAAAUCAUUGACUUAGAGCAUGCUAUCAGACACUCAAUUGAACCAGGUGAUUGUGUUCUUGUACCCUACAGUUGGCCCUUUCCAAAGUGUCCCAUCCUUAAUAUGGAAAAACCAUCUGGUUUUGAGAAUCUCCGUUACUAUGCAGCUAUCGUAGUUUCUGGUCGAGAACAAAGAGCUGACAAGUUAACUGAAACUAAAAAUUUCACAGAUGAUCAAAAACUUUUGGUUGAAUUAGCUAGUUCGAACACUCGUGUUGGUCAUAUUUAUGUUCCAAAGCAAAAAGCUGUUUGGAUUUCACCGAAUACUUAUCAACGAAUUGUAUUAGAACAAUAUAUGACACCAGAAUGCAGGAAAUGGUUAAAAAAUAAAACAUUUCUUCCAAAUAGUUAUCCAUUUCAAUCAGCUCCAGGUUAUCCUGCUGAUGGAUUUGGUAGAUUUAAAUCAUAUAAAAAUAGCCUUCAGUCAGAUUUACACAUUCAACCGUUGACUUUUCAACAGUUCAGACAUGGAGCGGAUGUUCAAUUUGAAUAUUGUCCAUCACUUCAAUGUUGGCCUCUCUAUUCAGUCGUGAAUGAUUUAUUACCAGUAACUAAUGGGUGCCCCGUUUGGUGUGAUAACGAAACAACAAGCAAAAAUUUAAUAAAAUUACCCACUAGUAAAGUUUCAAAUAAUCAUUUUCAGUCAUCUGGACCGAACUGCGAACAGAAUUUUGAGCCUAAAUUAGUGUAUAGGUCACGCAACAAACAUUAUCAAUUAAGGUAAAGAAAGAAAUAAUUUUGCUUGUGAUAAUUUGUUCAUUAUUCCAACUUUACUUUUAGAUAUUUCUAUCUAGUUUAACACUAUUAUGUUUUUAAAAUAAUCUUGUACUGAAAUACAAAUGAAAGUUGACUAUUAUUCCAUAAACUAUUUAUUAAACUUACGUCCGAGAAUUAGUUCUUUCUGUUUUCUAUUGAAUAUCAAGAAUACUCUUAAACACUUAUUGUAUUUAUAGAUGUUUCUACAUGUUAAAACAUUCGUUUGUUUUUGUAGUAUGCCUUUUGUGUUAGUGAAUUUGAAAUAAGAAGGUAAUCAAGAACUAAAAUGUAUACGUUUAGCGUAC